CCAACGCAUAUUCCCAGUCACAACACCGUUCUCUAUUUUGUUCUUUUGCAUCCACACUCUCGUUUUCCUACACCAGUCACUCGUUAUCAUGAAGUUCAACGCUCUCUGGGCCAUGACUGCCCUUGUCAGCGCGCCGGCUGUCCUCGCUGACGCGCCAUCAGCAACCUGCUCCGCCGAGCUCAUCGGCAAAAUCUGUGACUACACCAAGCCCGGCUCCGAGUUUUCCGUCGCUGCCGGCUCCAAAGAAUACUGUUGGGACUACUGCAACGCUCACAAGCCCUGCAGCUUCGUCAUCUUUGCUGCAGGCAACCCUUACACAGGUACCGGCAGCUGCUUGGUCUACCCAGGCGAGUCCUACAACCCCGCCAAGGCCAGCACCAACUGCGGCAACCCAACGUACUCCGUCUACAAGGAGCCUACUUGCACGGGAGGAACUCCUACCAACGGCCCUGGCGCGUGUGCAGCUACCGCCACUCCCUCUGCGGUUGCUUCUGUCUGUGGCUACCCAGAGCCGAGUGAUUGCUUUUCCACCUGCAGUGCGAGCUUAAGUGCAUCCGACUGCUUGAGUCAGUGUGCCGGAAAGGAGUCUUGCAACUUUGUCGUCUUCAACCCACACAACCCCGACAACACGCCCUAUUCGGAUGGAAGCUGCUGGAUGUACACUGAGGGCCAGUUCGACCCCAAGGCUGCCAAGACAUGCAAGGGCGGUCCGGAACAGUUUGUCUACACCAACUCGUGUCCCAAGCCGCCAUCCGGCCCCAAGUCAUCCUCGGCUCCCAAGGGUACAUCUAGCCCUGCCGCCUCCUCUGUUUUGUCCGGCGGCUCUUCUGCGCCGAGCGGAUCAUCGUCACCCAGCGGAGCUUCUUCGCCCAAGGGUUCGUCCUCCCCCUCUGGUAACAAUGCAGGCGGUUCCUCUGGAAGCCAGACUUCUGGUGCUGCUGGCGCCGCGUCUUCUGCUCCAGGUCACUCUUCGGCAUCGGUUCAUCUCUCUGUUAGCCAGCAAAUGAUGGUUGGUAUCGCUGCCUUUGUGCUUCUCAGCCUCUAAGACAUGUAUAAAUUGUAUAAAGAAAACUCUUAUAUAUAUAAUUAAUAUACUAUAAUGUAUUUGUUAUCAACUCCCGAAAUAAGGGGCUGUCCGUGUUGGAUAUGCACAGUACAUCUGAAUGCAUAGUUCUUGGUUACCUGUUGCACCAAGGAUAAUAGUAGAGGAUUCACAACACGAAACAAAAACCAAUAACUUGCUAAGUAUAUAUUGAAAACGUUUACUAAAUCAUACCAACAUUUACAAUAUUA